CAGCGCCUUUUAUUUAUUACAAACAUACAAACCACAUCAAUAAACAGAGAAACGAGGGGCUUCAGCUCAUUGAGAGACAAUGGGGAUCUCAGUAAUGUUUUUACUGGCAGUUACAUUCUUCUGUCCUGUUCAUACAGGUGUCUUGACUUGUGAUCCACGGCAGUACAAGUGUGGCAAUGGAAAGUGCAUCACAUCCAGAUGGGUUUGUGAUGAAGCUGAUGACUGUGGAGACGGCACUGAUGAACUUCCUGCUGCCUGCUCGAUGAGGACCUGCAGACCCAGUGAAUUCAGUUGUGGUGGGCGACUAAACCAGUGCGUGCCAAAGACUUGGAAGUGUGACGGCAAAGCGGACUGUGAGAAUAGUGCGGAUGAGGAAGGCUGUGCUCCUCGGCGGUGUCUGGAGGGCGAAUUCAGGUGUGGCAAUGACCAGUGUGUGACGACUGCGUUUGUGUGUGAUGGUGAGAUAGACUGUGACGACGGCAGUGAUGAAGUCUCCUGUCAGCCCACCACGUGUAGCUCAACCUCCUUCAGGUGCAACAAUGCACAGUGUGUGCCUCGAUUGUGGGUCUGCGACGGAGAUGCCGACUGUGCUGAUGGCUCCGACGAACUGCCUCAGAAAUGCAGCCCAGGGACGCCUAAACCUACCAAAAAUCCAUGCUCCUCUAUGGAAUUUCAUUGUGGCAGUGGGGAAUGCAUACACAGUAGCUGGAAAUGCGAUGGGGGAGAAGACUGCUUGGAUCGCUCAGAUGAGAAAAACUGCUCCUUGCCCACAUGCCGACCGGAUGAGUUCCAAUGUGGCGACGGAUCUUGCAUCCACGGCAGCCUGCAGUGCAACCACAUAAAUGACUGCAAAGAUUUGAGUGAUGAGCUGGGCUGUGUUAAUGCGACCCAUUGUGAUCCACCACACAGGUUUAAGUGCCGCAGCGGUGAAUGCAUCGGCAUGGAAAAAGUUUGCAACAAUAAACGAGACUGUAGAGAUUGGUCCGAUGAGCCAUUGCGAGAAUGCGAUUCUAACGAGUGUCUUUACAACAACGGUGGUUGCUCUCAUAUCUGUAAUGACCUGAAGAUUGGUUAUGAGUGUCUGUGUCCCACUGGCUUCCAAUUGAUGAACAAGAGGCGUUGCGAAGACAUCGAUGAGUGUGCCAACCCAGACACCUGCAGCCAAAUCUGUGUCAACCAGAUUGGUAGUUACAAGUGUGAGUGUGAAGAUGGCUACCAGGUGGACCCAGCCAGCAAGGCCUGCAAAGCUAUUGGAACCAUUGCCUACUUAUUUUUCACUAAUCGGCAUGAGAUAAGGAAGAUGACCCUGGAUCGUAGCGAGUAUGCACGUGUUAUUCCCCGCCUGAAGAACGUUGUGGCGCUGGAUAUGAAUAUUGCUUCCAGGGAGAUCUACUGGUCGGAUUUAUCCCUCAAAAAGAUAUACAGAGCACCAAUGGAUACUGCAGAUAACUCCUCCCAACACACCGUUGUGAUUGGCAGUGGCUUAGAUGCACCUGAAGGUAUUGCUGUCGACUGGAUCCAUGGAAACAUCUACUGGACGGACAGUAUCAAAGGUGCCAUAUCUGUGGCAACAGCGGAUGGAAGCAGACGCAAGACUCUCUUCAAAGACAACCUGGCUAAGCCGCGUGCUAUAGUGGUCGACCCUAUCCAGAACUUCAUGUUCUGGACUGAUUGGGGCACAUCAGCCAAGAUUGAGAGAGGUGGUCUUAAUGGAGGGGACCGUAGUGCCCUAGUUACGGAUAACAUUGUCUGGCCCAACGGAAUAACCCUUGACCUUUUGAACCAGCGUCUGUACUGGGUUGACUCCAAACUUCAUACUCUCUCCAGCAUCAGCGUACAGGGAGGCGGUCGGCGUACACUAAUCGUUGACCAAGGCAAACUUGCUCACCCACUGGGUCUCACUGUUUUUGAGGAGAGAGUGUUUUGGACGGACGUGAGCAAUAACGCAAUUCUAAGUGCAAAUCGUGUGACUGGAGGAGACAUCACAAAAGUGGCCGAACACCUCUCAUCCCCAGAGGACAUUGUCCUGUACCACAACCUCAAACAGCCCAUUGGAAUCAACUGGUGCAAGGUCAACAACGGUCGCUGUGAGUUCCUGUGCCUUGCUGCCCCUCAAAUCAAUAGAUUCUCACCCAAGUACACAUGUGCCUGCCCAGACAACAUGAUGUUGGCCGAAGACAUGAGAAAAUGUAUUCCAGCUGUUGUCACACCAGCAUCUCCUGUCAGGCCUGAAAUAGUUCCAACUAGUCAUACUCAAGUACCUUCAAAGAUGACACCAAAAUCUGCUGGCCCUUCCACUACCAAUGCGCAACCUUCAACCACUCCUGCUCCUGUGACCCCUAACCGACCCACUCAAGCUGCCCCAUUCAAGCCUUCCCAAACCACAACUAAACUUCCUUUAUCCACCCAGACAGAUGACAACUAUGGUAAUGUUAAAGCUGUCUCCGAACCAUCAUCUUCCACACCGUGGGCCUUGUACAUUGUGGUUCCUCUUGCAAUCCUGUGUUUGGUUGUGGGAGGCGCUGUGCUGUUCUGGAGAAAGUGGCGUCAGAAAAAUACCAACAGCAUCCACUUUGACAACCCGGUUUAUCAAAAGACCACUGAGGACCAGGUGCACUUAUGCAGAAACCGUAGUUCUGAUGGCUAUAUUUACCCGCAGAGACAGAUUGUGAAUCUUGAUGAUGAAAUAUGAUGAUGACAUAGUGGUCCAUGCUGAAACUGACAACGUUUCAAGAGUAGAGCCUUAUUUGAUGUCUUACCAACUUGGAAGUCAGUUCUUCAGCAAAACAACAUUUGUGGAACAAUGGAGAUACAAACCACCUUUCCACACAAGGCAAUCAGUGCAAAAACAAUUCAGGACAGACUAAAAAAAAACAUGAAAACAAAGAAACCUCAAACAACAACAACCUCAGCUUAUCAAGGCUGCUUAACACUUCACUAUAUAUAAAUAAUAUCAAGAUUAUAUAUAGUGAUCAAUUUUAACAGCACUUACAAAUCAAGGUUUUAUUUUCAUGAGAUGUCCAUGAUAAGUUAUUGUAAAUAGAAUAUGUAUUAGUAUAUUUUAAAGAGUUAAAAUAAAUUUUAUAUGUAUUUUAAAAGUUUUUUUUGUUUUUUUUUGGAGGGAUCAAAAAUUACAUUGCAUACCAUUAACGUUUUCCAAAAUAUUUGGUUCAUAUAUUUUAAUUAAUUAAAGAUACAGUACAUUUGAAUAUUUUAUGCAAAAAUAGACCAUUUACUGUCAUAAGCUGUCAAGUUUGUGUUCCUAAUGUUUUAUGCCAUUGUUUACACCAAUUGCUGUCAUCCUGUUUUUGUUUUGUUUUUUUUUGUGCCAAAAUGGUCAACGUUACAUAUGAAACUGCUUGUUCACGAUAAAAAUACUUUCUCAUAUGCAGUAUUGAUAUAGUUUCUCUUUAUCUCAGCA